UGAGAUUUUAACGCCUUCUUUAAUGAGCUUGACAUGCCUUUUAUAACCCCUUCGUGUAACCAUUCCUUCAAACCAUGAAAAUCCCAUAGUAUAAAUUCAUUCCUCCUAAGAGUUUCUGUCUUCUAAAGCAUUGCAUGCAAAUUACCAUGUCCCUCAAUUUAGUGCGAACAUACUUCAGGAGCUUCUUCAAUAACGUUCUCCGAGUAGAAAACGAUGAUUACACUUUCAAUGGUUAUCUUCUUCCAUCACUUGGAGCAACUAUAAACCAAUCUGUCAAGCUUAAAAAACAUACCAUUUCUCCAUAUGAUCCCCGUUACAGGGCUUGGGAGAUAUUUCUCAUCUUGUUGGUUGUCUACUCUGCUUGGGUCUGCCCAUUUGAAUUUGCUUUCCUCAGAUAUCUACCGGGAAUUUUUUUCCUUGUGGAUAACAUUGUCAAUAUAUUCUUUGCUAUUGAUAUUAUUAUGACUUUCUUUGUUGCUUAUAUUGAUGGAAAGUCUAAUCUUUUGGUGGAUGAUCAUAAGGGGAUUGCUGUCAGGUAUCUAUGUUCUUGGUUCAUCCUUGAUGUUUGUUCAACAAUCCCGUUCCAAUUACUUAGCCAACUUUUUACGGGAAAGGGUCAUGUUCUUAUUUUCAAAGUGCUUAGCAUGCUCAGGCUAUGGCGCCUUCAUCGUGUCAGCUCCCUCUUUGAAAGGAUUGAGAAGGAUAUCAGGUUCAACUAUAUUUCGACACGUUGCACAAAAGUUAUUGCAGUAACUCUAUUUGCAAUCCAUUGUGCUGGAUGCUUUAACUAUUUGAUUGCCGAUAAAUACCCUGAUUCAAAAAGUACAUGGAUAGGUGCAGUGAUACCUAAUUUCAAAGAAAAAAGUGUAUGGACCAGAUAUGUGGCCGCAAUAUACUGGUCCAUAACAACGCUCACAACAACAGGAUAUGGAGAUCUGCAUGCUGAAAAUACAGAAGAAAUGUUGUUUACUACUUUUUACAUGCUGUUCAAUUUGGGAUUAACGUCUUAUCUUAUCGGCAACAUAACAAAUCUUGUUGUGCAUGGCACUAGACGCACCUGUAAAUUUAGGGAUACUGUUCAAGCCGUAUCAGUAUUUUCGGCAAGAAAUCAAUUGCCAAAGUACAUAGAAGAUCAAAUUCUAUCUCAUGUUUGCCUAAGAUUCAGGACUGAGGAGCUGAAACAACAGGAGACCAUCGACAAUUUGCCAAAAGGCAUCCUUUUAAGCAUAAAAAACUACCUCUUCUCUCCAUUACUUGAAAGAGUUUAUCUUUUUCAUGGAGUCUCGUCUAACCUUAUUUUUCAACUGGUUGCAGAGAUAGAAAGCGAGUAUUUUCCACCAAGAGAGGAUGUGAUGUUGCAGAAUGAAGCUCCAACUGAUCUAUAUAUAUUGGUAUCAGGAGCGGUGGACAUUACAGAAACUGUGUGCUAUGUUGAACACGUUCGUGGACGGGCAGUGGCUGGGGAAAUGUUCGGGGAGAUAGGUGUUUUGCUAAGCACUCCUCAACCAUUCAACGUGCGAACUGUUGAGCUCUCACAAAUACUGAGGCUCAACAGAAAUAAACUUAUGACAAUACUUGAAGAAAAUAGAGAAGACGAGACUGUAGUCAUGAACAAUCUUUUCGAGAAGCUGAGGCUUCAGACAAGCUUAGUCCUAGAAGAUGGCAGCAGUCACAGAGAGAUCCCGACAACAGAUUCACUAACGAAGGCCGGGGAGAGAAAUGAGAACAAAAUGGCUUCAAAAGGGAAACAACAAAAGGAAAUGUCUGAAACGGGUAGGGUGGACAAGGUUACAAUAAGAACUCCUCGCCCAAAGGUAGUUGGCCACGCGAUUGACAAUGAAGUUGAUAGAUCGACGGCUAAGAGAGUAACGAUUCAUUUUCUAGGCACAGGCAUAGUAGGAGAAGAAAAAGGGAAGCUCAUUAAUCUACCCAGUUCUCUGGAGGAGCUCCUCAAGAUUGGUGGUGAGAAAUUCCCCGGUCGUCAUCCUGCAAAAGUGGUCACCAAAAAGAAUGCUGAGAUAGAUGACAUUAAUGUAGUUCGAGAUGGAGACCAGUUAUUUCUCCUCGAGAGGAUGGAUGAUGUCAACUCACAGCCGUUCAAUAUCUAAGGCAUAACCGAAUGCAAAAUUAUGUUACUUAUAGCUAUGUGCGAGGAGCAUAGAUAAAUAUAGAGUCAUACUAAUGUUAAAUUUGUAGCCAACAACUUAUUUGAAUAUAAAGAAAAAAAAAAGGAAAAUUAAGAUAAAUAAACAAACGUCAUAUGUUCUGAAAUCCAAUCUCGCUUGGCUCAAAAACAGAAGUUGCACGAUACUAAACUACAUCCAGUACAAAGAGAGCUACAAACUAAGGCCUAAAGUACCGAACAAUAUUUCUAUGUUUCAAAGAGAACCAUGCAAUAUAUAGCACAGAGAACGUAUA